GCUACUACCGUGUGCAGUGUGUGCUGUCCGGCUUCUUCACGCUGCUGCAGGACCUGCUCAUCCUGCUGCAGCUGGUGUCGCUGCUGGCGCAGUGGGACAAUCUGCGGCCCGCCUGGCCCUACCUGCCCAUGGUGGUCUUCCAGCUGGCAAACCUGGCGGCAGCGAAUGUGCUGCAGGUCAUCAUCUUCAGCAAGCGACACGAGCAGCACAACCGCAAUGUCUACAACGCCUACGUGCAGCACCAGCAGGAGCAGCAGCAGCAGCGGGUGUCUCGGGAGCAGCAGCGGCGGGAGGAGGAAGACGAGGAGGCGGAGGCUGCGGCUGCUGCUGCUGCUGAUGAUGACAGCCGUCUCAAGACGUAUGGUAGUGAUAACCAUGAUGGUGGUGAAGACGACGGUAGUGCCGUGGAUAAAGGCAAGGUGUGGCCGCUGGUGGGAGGGACCCGAAGGAGCAGCCGAGAUGAUGGCGGCAGCAGAGGCAAAAGCAGGAGGGGGCAGCAUGAGCGACGCAGCAUAGACCACCGGAAGGAGGAAGAGGAGCAGGAGGAGGAGGAAAGCGCUGGCGGGGGUGAUGGUGGUGUUGCAGCAGCAGGCGGCAAGCGUCAUCAACAGCAGCAGAAAGGGAGGACUCUGUCCGGUGCCGCGCGCCCUGCACCUCCUCCCGCUAGAGGUCCUCGUGGUGGGGAGGGUGAUGAGGAGGCUGCGGUUGCGGCACAGAAACCUCGGAGGCGAUUGCUAGGCGGUGGUAGUGAAGACAGCGACAACGAGAGAGGGCAGCAGCAGCAGCAGCAGCAGCGGCCUGCCAGGCGUGAGGUGUCCACUCGGCAGGGGCCGCAGCCGCUGGGUGAAGGUCGUGAGGUCGAGCCACAUGAAGAGCAGGUACCUGGAGCCAGUGGGACACGGCAGCGGAGGCUGUACAGUGGCAGCAGCAGCGCUGGCAGACCCGCCACUGGGGGCGGCAGCAGCAGGGUUACCGUCGGCCGUGCCAGUCUUUCACGAAAUGGUGACGACGAGGACGUGGGCGGUGGUGGUAAUGACGACGAUACCCCGCCGCCUCAGUAUGUGGUCAGGAGGGCGACGUCUCGCAAGGCCGCUGCCACGGAGCAGGCGAACCCACUGUACGACCAGGAGUCCACCGGCUCAGCAGCAGCAGCAGCAAGAGCGGUAGUUGGAACAGCAGCCGCAGCAACAACAAGAGCAGGUGGUGGUGCCAUUGGACGGUCCAGCAAGGGCAUCACGACUGUGGGCCCCGCCCUUGUCAUUGUGAAUGCGCACCCUGCCAAGCGGGGAACUACUGGUAGCUAUCGGGGCAGCGAUGCGGAGGACGACAGUGACAGUGAGGGAGGCAGCAGCAGCAGUGGUAGCGACGGUGAUGACGGCAGCAGCAGCCGGAGGGG